GGAGGGCGGAGCACAAGUUUUUCACCACUAGGCAUGUAUGCCCUUGUGUUUGUGUGUGUGUUUAUGUGUGCUUGUGUGUGCAUGGGGUUUGCUUGACACUCAGAAGGAACUGGAGCGAGAGAUCAGGUUCCUAGGAGAACAUCUUGUUGGAAAAAACAGCAGCAGAGGGGAGAGCCACAGUCAGACCGAUGUCGGAGACGAGCCAAGCACCACCCAAACCGGCAGCUCAGGUCUCCACCGUGAAGCCUGCAGAGUUUGAGAAGGCCCCAUUAGGAGCAGCCAUGACUACAAAGCCUGGGGUAGUUACCACAGCAACAGCCACGGGGAGUGGCAUGGAGGCAGGAGGAACUGCUAAAGUUGAAGCAGCAGGAAAGGCUUCACCCAAAGCCAAAGCAGAGACGGCUCCAACCUCCCAAGCCAAAGUGACCUCCACGGUUCCUUCUCCUGCUGCUGGAAAAGCUGCCUCUGCUGCAGUAACCAAACCUGCAGAUGCAUCCAAGAGUUCCACUGCCACCACAACUGUCAAAGCUGAUGCACCUAAAGCUGAUUCUGGUAAAACGUCAAAGCCAGCUGCAGCUGGAAAUGUGUCAGUGCAAGGGAAGAAAGAGGAUGCAAAGACAACACAAACAAAGGUGCAGGUGGAGGUUGCUCCAGCAGCAGCAAAAGUAGCCAAAGAGGCUUCGGUUGAUGACCCAUUUGCCGCCCUGGGGGAGACUCUAGCAUCGGCUGAUCCUGUCACACCCAAACAGCCUGUUUACACCGGGCCAGAGGUCCAUGAGCAUGAAGUCACCUCUGAGAAGGGUCACAAGUGUGGGGAGAGAGACGACACGCUGCCCCCGGGGUACAGAUUUGAUAAAACGGCCCCAGCUCCUGCAGAUGCUAAACCCAAAGAUGUUCCUAAGCCUAUGAGUAAUGAUGAGGCUCUGGAAUCACUUUCCUCUGGUUUCAUGAUGUCCAGUCCUCCACCUGGAGCCAAAGAGCAGAAAGUUGAGAAGUCUGCAGCAGCUGCUUCUGUGGCCGUGAGUCCCACUCCUCCUGCUGAUAAAAAACCCAGGAUGGAGAAAACCUCUGAUGUGUCUCCGAAGGCGGCGACCCCUCCUGCUGCCUCUACGAAAGCCGCCCCUCCUGUAGCCGUGUGUCCGGCGCCUCCUGCUGAUAAAAAGGCUAAAAUAGACACAAGUGCAGCUGAUUUCUCUCUUGAAGCUGCAGUUUCAGCCAAACCAGCCAACACUCAGCUCAAGUCUGACAAGAAAGUGGAGUCUGGAGCCGAUAAAACCACCAAAGGAGCGAAAUCUGCUGCUGCAUCUAAACCCAAGGUGGAAAAGGGGGACUCCAUGUCCGAUGCUCUCAGCGCUCUCGGCGACUUGCUGCCAGAAAACAAACCUGAACCGGAGUCUCCUAAAGUCAGACCUGAAGACGUGGUCUCGGAGGACAAACUCAAGAAGGAGAAGGGCAUGCGGGUGGGAGAGAGAGAGGACUCACUUCCUCCAGAUUACAGAUUUAAGGAGGAGGAUCUCAAAAAACACCCUGCUCCUGAGCCGGAGCCCACCAUUGGGACCGGAGAAGCUCUGGACUUUUUAUCUGGGGACUUCACCACUCCUUCAUCAGCACCUGCCAUCCAGGCUCCUGUUGUCACCCCCUCAGCUGCUCCUGCGCAGAAAGCUCCGCCCCCUCCUGCUACGGACAAGAAAGCCAAGAAAACGGAUAAAGGAUCUGAGGAGUUCUCUCUGGAGGCUGGUCUGUCUGCUGCCAGUGCUCAGAAAGUGGAGUCUGGAGUUCCUCCUGGAGCUGAUAAAACCACUAAAGGAGAGAAAUCUGCUGCUACAGCUAAACCCAAGAUGGAAAAGGGGGACUCCAUGUCCGAUGCUCUCGGUGCUCUUGGCGACUUGCUGCCAGAAAACAAACCAGAACCGGAGUCUCCUAAACUCAGAUCUGAGGAUGUGAUCUCGGAGGCCAAAGUCAAGAAGGAGAAGGGCAUGCGGGUGGGAGAGAGAGAGGACUCACUUCCUUCAGAUUACAGAUUUAAGGAGGAGGAUCUCAAAAAGCACCCUGCUCCUGAGAAGGAGCCCACCAUGGACAGCGGAGAGGCUCUGGACUUUUUGUCUGGAGACUUUACGACCUCCUCUACUGCUCCUGCUGUCCAGGCUCCUGCUGUCACCUCCUCAGCUGCUCCUGCUCAGGUGAAAGUGGAGAACGUCUCUGCUCUGGAUGUCCUCUCUGGAGAUUUUGUGGCUCCAUCUAAAUCUUCUGGAGUUCAGGCUACUGCCCCUCCUUCAGACAAACAUCCAGAGCAGAAGCAUCAAUCCACAGCUGCAGUCAAACACACGGAAGCCACCAAAGCAGAGACGGGCGGCUCCCUCCCUCUAGAUGCUCUCAGUGCUCUUGGAGACACUUUAGCUCUAGAUGAACCAAAGAAACCAGAGUCGCCCAAACUCCGACCUGAAGACAUCGUCUCGGAGGGCACCGUCAUAAAGGAGAAAGGCGUGUUUGUAGGUGAAAGAGAAGACUCUCUUCCUCCAGCCUACAGGUUUAACAAGGAGGAGCUGAACCAACUGCCUCCUCCAGAACCCGAGCCCACCAUGGAGACCGGAGACGCUCUGGACUUUUUGUCUGGAGACUUUGUGGCCUCUUCUACAGCUCCUGCUGUCCAGGCUCCUGUUGUUGCCUCCUCAGCUGCUCCUGCUCAGGACUGUGACGAUGCUCUGAAUGCUCUGGCUGGAGAUUUUGUUGCCUCCACUGUUGCUGCUGCAGUGAAAUCCGCACCUUCCACAGGUGCCGGUGCAGGUGCACAGGCUCAGCUUACUGAGAGCAGCGCUCUCGACGCUCUGUCCGACACAUUAAAAGACAUCACACCCGCCCCACAGCCCACCCCGCCUCCUGCUAAAGACCUCGUUAAGGAGAAGAAGGCUGUGGAGGAGAAGCUGGUGAAGAUGGGAGAAAGAGACAACUCGCUGCCUCCAGAGUACCGGCCCACAGAGGAGGACCUAAAGAAAUUUAAAGAAGCUAAGAAGAAUGAGCCACCAACGCCUACAAAGGACAAGAUGGACGACAAAAUGGCACUGGACCUGCUGUCUGAUGACUUCACUGCUGCUCCUCAGCCAACUGCUCCCACCGCCUCCUGCACAACAAAGCUGGAGCUCGACUCGGAGUCCCUAAAGCCGAUGGCCCCUCCCGUGCUUCCACACGCUCUGGAGUCCAAGUCUAGUGUAGAAAAGCCAAAGGGCAAGAGCAAGUCCAAAUCAAAGUCUAAAGCACAGAAGACUGAAGCUGCAGCAGAUCCAUGUGAUACCAAAGUGCCGUCAGCUCCUCUAAGCAAAGACGUCGUGCCAAAAUCCACAGCGAAGGGUGGGAAGUGCUAGUCGACUCGGUUGUGGGUGUAAUUUGUCCCCCAGACCACUGGGAUGCAUCGCUGAGAGAGCUGCUUUUUGGAUUACUUUAUUUUUCUAACUUGUCAAGAAUGUAAGCAGAACGACCGGCGGACUUGGACCUCCCCACCAACUCGACACACACGCAUAAACAGACCUUCCAGCAGCCCCUCUUUCUUUAAAUCUUUAAUUUUGUCACGUUCCAAGAUGGGAAACGUUUGAUUUUCGUCAUUGGAGAAAAUAAACACAAACUUUUCACAAAACAAGACGACUGUGAUGAAAGAGCAAAAAAAAAAAAGGUUCGGGAAAACGUGAAUAAAUAUUGAUAAGAGCUGAAAGUCCUGCAUCUCCACAUCAGCCGGCGUUCUCCAGCGACACACAAACAUCUGGACACUUGGUGGUGUUGGGUGGAGCGAUGGGGGCUUUUCUGUCACGUUGUGGUUCUGAUGCUGAUGAGACACUAGUGUACAGCUGUGUUGACGUAUAUUCUAAUCAUAGUUUACAUUAAAUACACGGAGGGUCUCCAGUCGGCUCGACUGAGUCGGAAAGCUUUUCUGCAAAUUCUUUUUUCCUUUUGUGUUGGCGGCCUUAUAUUAAACAAAUCCUUGCAUUCAGAAGUGCACUUAGAGAAACCAGGGGUUUACAGAUGUUUUGUGAUCUGCCACUCUUCGUAAGCUGUAAAAAUACGUUUGCUCUACUGAAAACGACACUGUAUCGUUCACAAAGGGCUGUUGCUUCCAACUGUGGCCAGAAAUCAGAAAAUAAUUCCUAGUGUUGGUUUUCUGUGGGAAAACUUCUACUUCAGGAAAACUAGCUAAAUUAUAAUAAUAAAGAAAAAGGAAAAAAAAACUAAUUUUGUGUAUGAAAACUCGCUGUCUUCUUAAAAGGUGUAAGGGAGCGUGUGUGUGUGUGUGUGUGUGUGUGUGUGUGUGUGUGUGUGUGUGUGUGUGUGUGUGUGUGUGUGUGUGUGUGUGUGUGUGUGUGUGUGUGUGUGUGUGUGUGUGUGUGUGUGUGUGUGUGUGUGUGUGUGUGUGUGUGUGUGUGUGUGUGUGUGUGAGAGUUUGUUUUUCUGCUCCUAACAUGUUUUAACUUUUUGUUUCUGCAUGCGGUUGAAGCAGCCCACUUCCUUUUGUCUCUAGAGGGUCGUAAAACAAGCGAAAACCUAAAUGUGGAGCCGGUUUUCUCUGUGGAACAGAAUAAAAUGAUGAUGAACAUAA